AUGAAGGAAUCAUUAAGUGAUAUGAAUAAUCGCUUCAACAACCGAUUAAAUGAGUUAAAAACCAAAAGGGCUGAAGAAGUAGCAUAUGGUCUUUUAGAUAUUUUUACAAUUUUCAGUGCACCAAGUAUUCUACAAAGCGAUAAUGGCAGAGAAUUCGCCAAUAAUAUCAUCAAACAAAUGUGUAAUAUGCGGUCCAAGUUAAAAAUGGUGCAUGGAAAGCCCAGGCACUCACAAAGUCAGGGUUCAGUAGAAAGAUGUAAUCAAGACGUAGAAAAUAUGCUUAGUUCUUGGUUGGAGAUUAACAAUACUAACAAAUGGUCGGAAGGAUUACGUUUUGUACUACUGAUGAAAAAUCGAGCGCAUCAUACUGGUAUAAACUGCAGCCCCUAUGAGGCCAUGUUUGGAGCAAAGUUAAAAGUUGGACUAAAGAAUUUUAUACCCAACGAAUCGUUGUUCAACGUUAAUACGGAAGAGGAUCUACAGAGACAUUUUAAAACUAUCAACGAAGUAAGUCAAAGUUGCUCAAACUCUGAAAGUCCGGGUACCGUCCAAGAAAACAUUAUGAAAUAUUAUCUGAUAAUGCCACCCUUACAUAGCAAUAUAACUGAUGAAGUUCAAAGAUCUACAUCGUCUUCACGUGAAAAAAAUCUAAACCAGGAUGUUAUUAGUAUUACAGAAUUGGUGAAUGAAGAAGAAACAAUCCAAACAAUUGAUCCAAAAAAAGAAGAAAAAAUAAGAAGUGUGUCUAAAACAAGGGCUUUGUUUAAUCUUAAAAAGCAAGCAGAAAAAAUGAUUAAUACAUCAAAUUCCAAAUACACAGCAGCUAUUGUUGGUGAUACAGUAAGGAUUCGUGUACCUGAUGAAGAUCGAGCCCGCAGUGAUGGAAAAAAUAUUUUAGGUGUCGUUGUUGCGGUUAAAGAUAAAAACCUUUACAAACUGGAAAACUUUAUUUCUGUUGGAGAUGUACCGGGUGCAGAAAUUUCGCUUAGAGAAUGUGCAAGAAUGUCAUCAAUUCCUGAUGGCCACAACUAUAGUUAA